AAAUGCGACAUCGAUGCAAGAGAGGUGCUAUCCGCGUUUCAGGAGGUAGAGGGGUGAGGAAGAGCUAAUCCGCACCUGUUCCCCCGACGAGUUAUUGGGCGAGUGAACAAAUUCCCUUCAGCUCAUACACUGAUUUCGUACCCCUGGUGCUACCAGUCGGACCCAUGGUGAGUAAAACGGUGGUCGUUACCGGGGCGAAUGGAUUUGUUGCGUCCUGGCUAGUGAAGAUGCUCCUAGAGCGUGGAUACAAUGUGCGAGGUACAGUUCGGGAUCCGCAGGAUGUGAAGAAAUUGCGCCACUUGCUCGAAUUGCCUGGAGCUCAGGAGAGGCUUGUUCUGUACAGAGCAGAGUUAAUGGCGGAGGGCGAUUAUGAUGAAGUGGUCGAUGGGGCGGAUUGUGUUAUGCACACUGCAGCAAGAGUAACUGUGGACGCUGUCGAUCCCUAUAAAGAAAUUGUGGAUCCUGCCGUGAAAGGAACGAUGAAUGUGCUGAAGUCUGCUGCGAAAACGAAGACCGUGAAGAGGGUGGUGUACACAUCGUCGACGGCAGCUGUAUUUUAUAGCGACAAAUUCGUCAACAAAUCUGAGGAUGACGUAGUGGAUGAGAGCUGGUGGACUGACCCUGAGUUCUGUCUGAAGAUUGGAAUGUACUACCAUAUGGCUAAGACGGUUGCAGAGCGAGCUGCCUUUGAGUACGCAAAAGAUGCUCCUUUUGACGUGGUUUCCAUCGUGCCUUGCACGGUUGUCGGAGGCUUGUUGCAAGAGACUGUAAAUUGGAGCAGUAACGAGGUUCUGAGAAUCCUCCAAGGCAUAGAAAGGCGGGAGGAUAAUCUGAUAAUUCCCACCAACAUUUCAUUUGUGGACGUGGAGGAUGUUGCAUUGGCCCAUAUUCUCGCGAUGGAAAAUCCGAAUGCGGAAGGGCGAUACUUGGCAGUAGCGGAAAGUUUGACCAACGAGCACAUUGCCUUGUUGCUGGCCAAGCUCUAUCCACAGUACACGAACGUCCUGAAGCCCGAUUUGAAAGGCAUGGAUGAAGCAACUUUCAACAAGCCAGUGUUCAAGUUCUCGAAUGAAAAGAUGAGGCAUUUGGGCGUGAACUUCACUACGAUAGAAGAGAGCGUCAAGAAAACCGUGGAAAGCCUACAACAGCUUAAUCUGCUGUAACCUGCUUAACCGGCUUGUCACAAACGUGUAAGUGGCGACCAGUUCUACUUUGAAAGACACUUACUUAUCCCUAAAUUUUGCGGAUGGAUUUUCGUAUUUUGAUGUAUAUUUCGAUAGGAGACACUAGAGUAGCAAGAUACGGGUAUCUAUCUAUCCUGUUGUGAAGAAAACGACGCGCUUUUUGUUCGUGGAAGACAGUUGGCAAUAAAGUGCGGAAAGUGCAUCGCAUGAUAUCGUAAACCUGGAGUGAGACUCUUCUGACUCUCUACUAAAUCCCCAAAGGUGCCAACAAAACUAGACAAGUUCCUCUUCGGCAGAUAUUGAAAGUAACCACAUCGGUGUCAUCUUUCUGUUCAAGAUUGGUUGCAGUCACUGCCGAGUUUUGCUUAGAUCUCAUGUCUUCAUAUUCUCCUCUACACAUUGUACAUCGGUAGUUUUGAAGAGGAUGGUGAUUGAGCAUUUGGUAUAUUUCAUACGCAAUUGAGAGACUACUCUUGA